AUGGAUUUAGCUGAGUUGUGGACCAUAUUCGGGCCUGGAGUCGCCGGUGCAGUCUUUGGCGCCGGUUGGUGGUUCUGGGUCGAUGCUGUCUUUUGUAGCUCGGUUAAAGUUCCCUUCGUCCACUACCUUCCAGGAAUAUUUGCGUCUUUGGCUGCUUUGAUGUUCAAUUCCGUUAAGAAAGAUGACAUUAUUGAUCACUACUCCCCGUAUGACGAGGGCGAAUGGAGGGGGAAACUUUGGCUUUUCAUUGCAUACAUUGUAUCCUUCAUUUCAUUGGCAGCUUCGGUGGGCCUACUGAUACAAGACGCUCUUGUGAAAACUGGCCCUUCAGCAUGGACAGGAGUUGCUGGUGUUCUUCAAUGUGUGUUUGUAUUAAUAAGUGGUCUGAUGUAUUGGACUUGUAAUUCAGAAUAA